AAAAAAACAACCAACCAAAAAAACAACCAACCAACUAAAAACCAACACCAAAAUCAAACCCAAACAAACCACCCACUUGGAUAAUUAAAACGGUUUUCACAGUAUCUGGUGUUGCAAAGGGUGGUUUUCCUACUUCCAGAUCAAUCCCCAGACUUUCUGGCACAGAGGCAUCUUUUCCAAGGCACAGGAAAUGAACCCCUGCUGCAGAGGAAGAACGUACUGAUGCAUCACCUUCACUCCUCCUCCAACAAACUCUUCUGAGACCAGCUCUCACUCAAAGCUGUCCUGGUAACUGCUACGGGUAAAGAUCACCUUUAAAAGUGAACAUGGAUUUAAUAAACUCCACUGAACAAAACAGUACAUCAGAAGAACUGUUCAAAUGGGUGACAUCCAAGAUUCUCAUUUCCAUUACCUUAUCUGUGCUUGCACUAAUGACAACAGCCAUCAAUUCUCUUGUGAUGACUGCAAUAAUUGUGACAAGGAAGCUCCACCACCCUGCCAACUACUUAAUCUGCUCUCUUGCAGUGACUGAUUUCCUUGUGGCAGUCCUAGUGAUGCCUUUCAGCAUUGUCUACAUUGUCAAGGAGACUUGGAUCAUGGGGCAAGUGGUGUGUGACAUUUGGCUGAGCGUGGACAUUACAUGCUGCACAUGUUCCAUCUUGCAUCUCUCGGCCAUUGCUUUGGACCGGUACAGAGCAAUCACAGACGCUGUGGAAUAUGCAAGGAAAAGGACACCUAAGCAUGCUGGCAUCAUGAUUGCAGUGGUAUGGAUCAUAUCCAUCUUUAUCUCCAUGCCGCCUUUGUUUUGGCGGCACCAGACGACCAGCAGAGAUGACGAAUGCAUCAUCAAACACGACCACAUUGUUUUCACCAUUUACUCUACAUUUGGAGCCUUCUAUAUCCCACUGGCCUUGAUUCUGAUCCUUUAUUACAAGAUAUACAAGGCAGCAAAGACAUUUCACAGAAGAAGCGUCAGCCGGAUCGUAAGGGAGGAGGUAAAUGGACAAGUCCUUCUGGACGCAGGUGAAAGGAGCACCAAAUCGGCUUCAAUGCCCAGCACAGUGGAGAAGACAUCAGAUCCCCUGGUGGACUGUGAUAAAAUAAAUAUCACUCUACGGAGUCCCAGGUCUGAAUCUAAGCACGAGAAGUCCUGGAAAAAACAGAGAAUCUCCAGCACAAGAGAAAGAAAGGCAGCAACCACUCUGGGUCUGAUUUUGGGGGCAUUUGUGAUCUGCUGGCUCCCUUUUUUUGUAAAAGAAGUAGUUGUUAAUACCUGUGAAAGAUGUCACAUCUCAGAAGACAUGUCUAAUUUCCUAGCAUGGUUGGGAUAUAUAAAUUCCCUCAUUAACCCUCUAAUAUACACAAUCUUUAAUGAAGAUUUCAAGAAAGCCUUCCAGAAGCUUGUGCGGUGUAGGCAAUAUCUUUAAGAGCUUUUGUUCAUAGCAGGAGAACAUACUCAUCGUUUUUUUAACCUGUAUAAAUUUAUAUAACUGAGAUGACAUUUGUUGUAUUUAAGGAAAAGCACCAAGACUCUGCAUUUACAUUAUGACUUUUUUGUAUCAGUCGUACUGGGAGCAUAAAUUGCCCAAGUUUUAAAGAGAUGGAUCAUAUGGGAUCAGCUUUGCUCUGGAAAAAAAGAGGUAGCAUAUUGUGUCUCUGAUCCAGCUGGGAUUUGCACAGCUGCCUAGCUUAAAGCGUAAGGUAUUACCUUAAAUAUGAAGGAAAUAUACACUUGAAGUAGACAAAGAAAUUUUUUUUUUUUUUUUUUAAAAAGCAAGUAACUCUCAGUCAUCAAUGAAAUUUUAAGUAAA